GCCUACUCCUCAUUCUGCAACAGCUUGAAGAUGGCGAAGGUUGGAGACAGCAGGAAUCAGGAUUUCUCCACUGACCAUGCGGACACAGAUAAUAAAAAGGACUUUAAUGUGGAAAAUCUGAGCAAGCCAGAAUUGCGAUUCCUUUUAAGUAUAUUGGAAGGAGAAUUAGAAGCAAGGGACCUUGUGAUCGAAGCCUUAAGGGCGCGAAAGAAAGAAGUCUUUGUGCAAGAACGAUAUGGAAGGUUUAAUCUUGGUGACCCUUUCCUGGCACUUCAGAGAGACUUUGAAGCCGGUGCCUUUGACAAGGAAAAGAAGCCUAUAUGUAACAACCCUCUCACCAUCUUAGAAGCUGUUAUGGCCCACUGUCGGAAAAUGCAGGAGAGAAUGACGGCACAAUUGGCAGCGGCCGAAAGACGACAAAGAAAGCUCGAGGCAGAAAAACUGCAACUGCAAAAUUUAGAGCAGGAACACAAGAAACUAUUGGCUCGUCUUGAGGAAGAACGAACUAAAAAUAAACACGUGGUCCUUAUCCUGGUUAAAGAGUGCAAACUAUUGUCCGGCAAAAUAGCAGAAGAAGCUCAGAAUCUAGAUGAAGCAAUGUCAAAAUUAGAGGCAGAAAAAAAGAAGGGUGUCGAACUGGAAGAAGCCCUCACUGCUGAAAAACAGCGCCUGUCACAAAUGGAAGCACAGAUGGAGGCUCAAAUUCAAAAACAACUUUCAGAGUUUGGCACGGAGAGAGAACAUCUUCGUGCCAAAUUUUCUCGAGAAGAAGUGCAUACGAAAGAGCUACAAGAUGAAAUAGACAGACUGAAGAAAACAAUAGAGCAACUGAAGUUGUCCAAAGAAAAUGAAAGUAAAGCGAACCUCCCUUUUCUUCAUAAAAACAAAGAUAGGUACCCGGUUUCUGUAGGUACAGGAUCUCGGUCUGUUUCGUGUCAGACAAAUUUAUUACUUCUUGAUAGUGACUCUGAAAUUAGUAAAAAGACUCCCUUGGCUAUACCAACCAAACCUUCAGUAAUGAAUCAUGUCAUAGCUGGCAACACAAAAAUUAAUGUAUGCACAAAUUCAGCGUUUGUAAAGCCAGGUUUAGACAGACAAAACAUCCACAAUGAAUCAGUCAGUCUUCCUACAACUCAUGGAGUAUCUCCAAAUUGCACCAGGACAGAAGAAAAUGGAUCAUCCUCAUUAGAUGGCACGAGCAAUACCUUGCUCUACCCAAAUAACUCAUACUGUGCCUCCCCAGCAUCGCCAAGUUAUCUCUCCCAAUCUAUGCAGAGCUUGCACACACAGUGUCCAAAUACACCCAUAAAUUCAGGUCUAAGUCCCCGUAUCCAGGCUGCCAAAUUCAAAUUUCAGGCCAACGCCAACGAACAUGAUCAAAAUGGAAACACCACACAAACGUCUCAGAUAAAAGCAUUAUCGCCGAACCCCCGUGAGAAUUUGGCAGCAAAGCAGAUGGCAAGAAAUACCGUGACCCAAGUUCUUUCAAGAUUUACAAAUCCUCAGGGCACUGCACAAUUGAGGCCUGGUUACCCACACCCUAUGGAAACCGGUACCUAUCCUCCAGUGGCUGGGCGCUUAGGCCAUCCAUCCCAUGCGUUGAAAUCGACUUCCGCAUCACGAGUUGACAGAGGCAACCCUCCACCCAUCCCUCCUAAGAAGCCAGGACUCUCUCAAACUCCGGCUGCACCACAUCCUCAACUAAAGGCACCACCAAAUGUAGGGGGGAAAAUUGAGAACAAACCCAUAACUUCUGCACCUUCCAGUACAACACAUGGAAUCAGGGUAUUGCAUGAGGAAUCUGUAUCUAAGUCCUCUUCACCUCAGCUGCCACCAAAACCAUCUAUAGAGGUACCUGUGGCAUCUGCGGACUGUGUCAUACCAGCCAUAGGCACAUCACAGGUGGGUGCUUGGCCUCCCCAGUCCCCUGGAUGGAAGGAACCUGCAUGUUCAGAAAGUUCCCUUGUCAUUCCCUCAACCAUUGCCUGUACCUCCUCCAUAAUCCCUGUUAGUGCCUCAUCCUGUAGACCAUGUGAUUCAGACAGCCUCCUGGUAACAGCAUCAGGCUGGUGUCCCUCCCUAACUGCUUUGCUAACAAGCGGUGGUCCUGUUCCCCUGGGAGACUUGACCACCCAUCUUCACCAUGCUGCUGCCCAGGGAAAUGUCACUUUAUUGUCAAUGCUGCUUAACGAAGAAGAACUGGAUUUAAAUAAUUUAUGUAAAGAUGGCCUUUCUACCUUGUAUUUUGCUGCUGCAAACGGACACUCAGACUGUGUUAAGAUGCUGCUGACGUCAGGAGCAUAUGUCGAUGCUACGGUAUCAAACGGCUUUACGGCCUUAUGUACGGCAGCUGCUCAGGGACAUUACAAAUGUGCAGAGAUUUUAAUUGCAUUUAACGCUGACAUUAAUCAUGUUGGUGGAGGACAGACCCCUUUAUAUCUGGCUUGCCAGAACGGAAAUUCAGAAAUUGUUAAACUUUUGCUGGAAGCUGGAGCUGAUCGAAGUAUUGCAACAAAAGAUGGCCGAACAGCAAUCCACGCGGCUGUAGAAAUCGGAAACGUUGACUGUCUAAAACUUCUUAUGUAUUUUGGGGUCUCUAUUAAUGGAGACCACCUAAAUUACGAGGAAUCCAAUGCGAACAUUAUUGAGCUGAAUGACAAAGAGAACGUAUUGUCACAAAAAGGAAAAUCCAUCGCUUUUUCUUCCCUGCUGAAUGCUUCAGACAGAGAGGGAUGGACAGCUGCACACAUUGCGGCAUCGAAAGGCUUUAAGAACUGCUUGGAAAUCUUGUGCAACCAUUUUGGCUUUGAGCCAGAAAGACGAGAUAACUGCAACCGCACCGCUCAUGACGUGGCAACAGAUGACUGCAAACAGCUCUUGGAGAGCAUCAAUUCGCUGCGGAUCCCUGUGAGAAUUUCGCUUGAGGAACAUCUCCAGGUCUGCUAUAGCACAAUCGACUAUGAAAGUCAAGAAAUUUGCUCCAUUCGCAUCCAUAGACAGACAACAUGGGAUGACUUCUCACAGGCAGUGAGCCGAGCGGUAAUGGAACAUUUUGCGACUGUUGUGUCGGACGGAUGGGAGAUUCGAGAAGACAUAACAUUGAAUAACACUGGCGAAUUCUGCGUUGGGUUUGGUGCGCCUUGUGACCUGUCAUUCAAAUUAGGAAAUACAUCCUGGUCCAUUGGUCAGAUUUUUCUUCAAGCACCGUGGGAAUUCGUGAAGAUGAGCAGGGUGGAAUAUAUCACCGUUUUAAUUCCUGGUCCAAAAGACGGCUGCCUUAAUGGUGUGGCUUAUGCAUCUGCGAUCCCCAUCCAUAUAUUGCAGAAUUUCCUCCGGCUGGUCGAACAAUAUCACAAUGUGAUUUUCCAAGGGCCAGAAGGAAGCUUCCAGGAAUAUAUCGUGCAACAGCUGGGGCACUAUAUGAAGCAAAAGGAAGAGGCUGCAGGAUUUUCAUGUGAUAUCGUGAAGAUCGAAGUGGAACCUGAAUUAACCAAAGAACAGCUUGUGGAUGUGUUCAUCAACUCGGGUUGUUUGAUUCCAGUUAGCGAGCCACCUUCAAAAAAGAAAAUCAUUGUUAUUCUGGAACAUUUAGAAAAGUCCUCUGUUUCGGAUUUACUGGGGGACUUAAUGGCUCCUCUGGAUAAUCGAGGUACUGAAACUCCAUACUGUGUUCAGAGAGCCAAUGGACAGUCGGAUUCCUAUUAUUUUCACGAGAACUGCUUUUUAAUGGGAACUGUUGCCAGAGCUCGUUUGCAAGGGUCGGAGUUGCCCGCUCAGCAGUACUUCCGCUGGGUCCAGCUGAGAUGGGAUGGAGAGCCAAUGCAAAGUGUGCUCCCGAGGUUCUUGAAAAGGAAAGCUGUGUUUAAGUUCAAAGGUAAAAUGCCGCCGCCGAGCGACCCGGUCUGUAAGGGCAUAGACUGGGUUAAUGCUGUGUGGUACCAGCUGAACUCCUGCUUGUCACGAUUAGGGACCCCGGAAGCCCUGCUUGGUCCACAGCAAUUCUUGUCAUGUCCCGUGGUUCCAGGAAAUGCACAGAUAAUAGUCAAGUGGAUGUCCAAAUUGUGGAAUGCAGUCAUUGUUCCCAAAGUCCAAGAAGCCAUCCUUUUCAUAGCUUCAGUCAAGAGGUCUUCUACUCUUGGUCAUAUCACAGCUACAAAAGCCCCAAGCCAAGGUCAACAGGCAAUCGUAAAGGCUGCUCUCAGCAUCCUGCUUAAUAAGGCUGUUUUACAUGGUUGCCAUCUCUCCACAAACGAUUUAGAGCAGUACAUUGCUGAUUUUAAAGGAGGACAUGCUCCUAUGUCGAUGAGUUCUACUUAUAAACCCGGAGGAAAGAAAAAAGUGGAGAAUGGUGCAUGGAGAAAAGUGAGCACAAGUCCUCGUAAAAAGUCCAGCCAUCUGACAUCUUGGAGUAAGCCAGAGGAGAAGCAAGAAGAGAGAGCACUGAACAAUGUGAAGAAACAAGGAGAUAUAACGCCACAAAACAGAAACAGAUCUUUUGGGAAUGACCGUACCAGAUCUCUGAACAGUGAUCAGAGACUGUCUGUCGGCUCCGAUGAUGAAGUGGACCUUGUAAAGGAGUUACAGACUAUGUGUUCCAGCAAGUCAGAACCAGAUAUUACCAAGAUCGCUGACUUGGAUAGCUGUUUGGUUAUAUUUAAGAAUCCUACAAAUGACCAGAUUUCAGCGAUUGUUAACAAACCGUCUUCCCAGAAGCCAAAUAAAGAUGGGGUCUGUCCUCCCCACAACAUUGAAACAUCAGAAAGCGGCACCAGCAGACAGAAACCAAAACCCGAGCCUGGUGUUUCUAAAGUGAAAUCUUUACUCCCUGUACCUAGAACUCAAACCGUACGCUACAACCACAGAAAAAGCAGCAUUAAUACAAGGCAAGAGGCCAUUCAUAGUGACUCUACCGAUGGGAUCGGAGCUUGCACAAUACUAUAGCUCUCCACCAAGGUAACACACCAACCUAGUUUCAUGUGUUACCUUAGGCCAGGGUAGUGCAGUCUGCAGCCUCCACAUACAAGACUACGGCCAACUUCCUCACGGAAAACCGAGAUCGCGGUCCCACAUCCGGAUGCCCUCAGACUUGCCACUGCCCUUCACUGCAGAUAUUCCCAGUGCAUAUUUCCGGAUCGCAAUGCAUUGUGGGGGCAUUAUUGCAGCCAAGGCAUUAAUAUUUUGUGUACAGACAAUAAAUGUAAAUAGUAAACUAGGGGUGUCCCCGCAAUAUAAUCUGUAUAUGGGGCCAUGAAUAAAUUCUUUAUAUGUAAAUAUGUUUAUAGACCGUUGUUGUACGUUGAUUAUAAGAAACCUUUCUUGGAAACGCUGUACUGUUGAUUUACAAAACCCAGUAUGGUGAUUAUUUUUAAAUGCCGAUAAUUUGUUUUGCCAAAAGUGUGACAGAUUGCAUUCUGGGUAUCUUCCACAGCCCGUGUAAUGGAUGGAAUAUUCCGUGACCAACAUGUUUAUGUUGUAGACUCUUUCUUGUAGAACGUGUACAGUGUAGUUUCACGUACAAAUCUUACACGCACCUAGCAAAAGUAUUUUUUAAUAUUUUAGAUUUCUGUGCACUCAAACAUUGUGGCAAUAAAAAUAAAAAUAAAAAUGCACCCAUUAAGGUCACAAUUAAUGCACCUUUUACACAAGCCAUAUACAAUAUGUUGACUGUACCUUUGACAUCCUGGAAGACGAUUUUGCAGUAAAUAAUCUGUAAAAUUUGUCUCUGUGCUCUACGCUCUACAUAGCUUUUCAUAGCUGCUUCAUAAUCUCCGUAGCAAAUUCAUUAUAAAUGCAAUAAAAGCAGUAAUUUAUAGCAUGAUUCUAGGCACUGCUUGUAGAUAAAGUCGUUUUUUGUUUUUUUUUCUACAAGGAAUACAAUCUUAUAAUAUAACUGUACUUGGGUCCGGUACAUUUUAAAAUUCUUCCUAAUUCUUCCCCUUAAAACUUUUCCAUAACCAGUGUUCAACAUGGCUGUGUGAAGACUCACAAUCUGAUCUCAGUGUUAAAAAAAUAAAAAAUAGAACAUUUUAAAAAUUGCCGUAUUAUCUGUUACAUAGUAUUGAAAAAUUAAAUGUAACAUGUUUUAUGUUGUUCAGAGAUUACCUUUUAAUAUUUAUUGAAAUAAAACAAAUGGCAUGUUA